AUGGGCCGCCAGGAUCCGGACUUGAGCGGCCGGCGACCCAAGGAGCAGAACUGCCUGAUGGGAUGUUGCAACGUCAACUUAGAUGAGCCCAAAGGAUACCACAGUCAGCCGGACGAUGACGACUUCAUGCUCGAGAAGCCUUUGGGCUUCCUGCCCUUCCACCACGAGCUGGACAGUGGCCUCGGCUGGACCGACGGUUCCCUCCACCAAGGUGACCUCUCCGGCCUGGAGACCGAGGAGGCCGGCCUGGAGGACUGCCACUCCCACGGCGCCCUGGGCCCCGGCGCCCGCGGGGCCUUCGGACCCGGCGGCGGCUCGCCUUCCUCCGAGUCCUUCAUUUCGUCCGAGCUCAGCGACUCGGGCUUCUACAGCGUGAGCACCGGCGAGUUCCGCCACUUCCAGAGGAUGCUGGAGAAGCGCAUGCGGCUGUACAACGCCAGGCUGCAGCACCAGGGGGAGAUGUGCGAGAGGCGGGAGCGUCGUGACAGCUGCCCCAUGAGCCACCGCGAGCUGCUGGAGGCCAUCCCCGAGACGCUCGCCAUGCAGCCCCCGUGUCAGCGCGUGCAGAUGGGGAUGGAGGAGGCCCCUGGCGCCGUCUUGGACGUGCCCAACCGUGGACUUUUCAGAGUGUCAUCAGUCCAGUUCCACAAAACGGACCGCCCCUGCCUGAACCGCCACAGCUCCAGCAGCGGGGCCCUCUUCAACCCCUCCCACGCCCUCACGGCCGUGCCCCGGAUGAGCGGCCCCGUCCUCUCCACCUGCAGCACGCCGUCCAGCCACCGGAGGCCGCUAGCCCCCGCGCAGCAGCCGCACCACCAGGGCUCCGGCUCGGCGGGGAUGCUGAGGAGAAGCCGGACCCUGCACCACCGCCCUCCUCAGCAAGAGUACCGGAGGCGGGCCAGCCACCCGGCCUCGCCGUCCUACUGCGCGGCCACCCUGCACCACUGCGGCGCGGUCCCACCUCACGGGAUGCAGCCGGGGCUACCGGAGGAGACGGAGAUGGGGGCGGAUGUGAUGGCUUCCCCGCUCUCUGCACAGCAGCACCCAGUGCACAUCCGGGUGCCCAGCGAACACGAGCUGUGCUACAACGCCAACCCCGGCGCCCACCACGACUGGUGGCAGCAAAUGAGCUUGAUGCCCGACCUGGCGGUGGAGCGGGGUGACCAAAUAGAGAGGGAAGACAUGGAGAAAAGUCUUGAGAGGGAGGCGCAGAUUCAGGAGGAGGUGGAGCAGGAGUUGCAGAGGAGCUGGGCGGCCAGGGAGCAGCGGCACCUCCAGGGCGCGGUCCACCUCACCCAGCCGGGGGACGUCAACGACACGUGGCCCAAGCCGGCCAGCCGCCAGGCCCAGGUCGGCGGAGGAGGAGCCCGGGGUCUUUACAGCACCUUGGAAGGCCACAUGGGGGCCACCAAUACUGCUCCUUUGGAUGCGAAGAAAGAGCAGCUGGACGCGCAGUUCCCGACGUCCGGUCUUCAACCCAAAGGGAUGCCUUGCUCCAAACCCAGCACAAAUUCCCGGGUGUCUAGGAACCAGCUCCUGAGGGACCGAGCCUCGCAGCUGGCCGACGAGCGCAGCGGGAUGAGCACGGACGAGGAAACCAGCGCUGACAUGCUGCUGGGUCGGUACUGGAGCCGGACGGAGAGGCGAGAACACUUCCUGCUGGCCCGCGAGCAGAGGCAGCAGCAGGCCAGGGGCGGGGGAGGAGCCGGUCCCGGAUCCGGCCCGCCCCGCUCCCCUGGCCCGGACCCCCGGGCGGGCGGCCCCAUGACGGAUGGGCGGUGCAACACGGUGCUGGAGAUGAGUCAGAGGAAGCUGAGCCGGCUGAGGAACCGGAAGAUGUUGGACGACUGGACCACGGUGGAGGAGCUGCUAACGCACGGCACCAGGCUGGACAGCCACGACCACCCCAUGCUGUGUGCCAGCCCCCUGCUGACCGUCACCACCGUCUGA